AUGGCUGAGGUUGAACUUGAGACAGACGAAGAAACGGCAAACUUUUCAAUAGAAUUAGACACCGACGGUUGCAAUACUUCGUUGAUUGAUCGCUUUUUGAUUCAACUAACAUUCAAUAAUAAAUACAACUACACUGCUAUUUUAGCCUACAUUAGCUGUAUAUUAUCAAUUGCAUUGAACGUUAGCAUAUUCGUUAUUGUUGUAUCGGAUAAGACAUUGAGGAAGAAGGGAAAUAACGUUUUUACCGGUUCGUUGGCGCUCUCUGAUAGUUUCUUUUCGGUUGCUGUCAUUGUAUUGGUUUCAAUUUGCAGAGCAGAAAGAGAAAUGAUGUUCCUUUACACGUUCACUGUCUGUUUAACUUUCGCUGGCAUCUCUAUUCAGACGAUUGGGGUUGUUGCUAUAGAGAGACUUCUGGUAGUCGUUAUUUUUCCUUUUAAGCGUAACAUUAACACGCCGAAGAAAAUGCUGUUCGUUUGUUUCUGCAUCUGGGGAUUCUCCAUCUCGUUCGCAUGCGCUUUGCUUAUCACACAUAAAGAAGACGAAUUUGGGUUUAUAAUGUCCAUCUGGGACGUGGUCAUCUUUGUUAAUGUGUAUGUGUCAUAUGCUGUGAUAUACUUGGUUGUGAAAAAUCAUGAUAAGAAAGUAAGCAAGUUCAGAACGCAAGAAUUCAACACCUCGAAGAAGCUGCUCAAGACGUUUUCAAUCAUCAUAUUCACAUGCACUGUUUGUUGGAUGCCUAUCAUCACGCUUACCGUCUUAGACUACUUUGACAAACUUGACUGUAACAAAACUAUUUACCCUCAUAUAUUUAAUAUUAGCUUCAUUCUGGCUUUAGCUUAUUCCAUUGCUAACCCUAUAGUGUAUGGUUUGAGAAUCAAUGAACUACGAAAUGCUAUCGACGAACGUUUCAUCAGUUUGCGGAAUUUCACUAUUGCCCAAUAG